AUGUUUUCUCCUACAGCUCUGCUUCAUGUUUUUACAAAUGCGUUCAGAACACAUGGUGCAGCGAAGCUCAAUCAGCUGGAUGAUGAACUAUUUAAGUCUAUUGCAGCUGAACUACAUCCCAAUACAUCAAUACUAUGGUUAAAAGAUAUAUGGCAAAAUAAUACAAAUAAAAUAAAAUCCAAAAUAUUAUCUGAAUACGAACGAUCUGAAAAUCUUAAUAAAGAAAAUGAUUAUGUCAGCAGCAUAAUUACACCUGUUAAUAAGAAAUCAUUGUCAACACUUGAACCAUGUUGUAUUUGUAAUAAAGGCAGCUUGUUAUCAAACACGAAUUCUUUCGUAGUACGGUCAGAUAUGGUUCAAAAAUUAUCUGUCGGAUACAAUAACAUAUACGCUUCACAAUUAAAAGAUGAUAUUGCUAAUAAACGAAUACAUAAAGCAUGUUAUCACCGUUUAUAUUCUUCAGGACAACGUACUACGAAAUACGAACUGACAGCUGAAGCUGGUGAUGAUGAACGGGACACUAUAGAUGAUGAUAUCGUUGGUAUUACAGACGAUGUUGCGAUACAUAAUCACGGUGGUACAGCUUCUGAACAAUUGUUAUCUCAACCAUCUUCGAACAUAAAAGUUGCAAAGAAAUCCACAAUAAAAAGAUUUUUGAGUCAUUUACCAUUUACCUCAGCUAACAAACAGCAGAAUAAUGUUUCACAAAUUUCAACUACAGAUGAUAAUAGCACAACUUCGGGUUCUACAACAUAUAUAACUUCUGCAUCUCGGAGGAGUUUACGAAAAACUUUAUCAAACCGAUCACAACUAAAUGAUUGUGACAGCGGAAUGGCAUCUGCAGUAUCACUGUUAGAAAGUAGUAGUAUUGUUCGUACACCACAUAUCAGCACUGAUGCUCAACCGUUAUGUAGUACUCCUAUGCAAUAUACCAGAUAUUCACAGUCGUCAAAUCAAUCUAUAUCUCCACUACAAUCAAUUGAAAAUAAUCAAAAUGAUACGUUCACCUCAUUCACGACAUCGGACGAAAGAAGUACAAGUCUGUCUCAGGCCACAAGUCAAAGCAAGAGCGAAGACUCUGCAUUUAAAGAAUUACGUGAAUGGUUAAUGAACAAAUUGCAAACAGGUGAAAUGAUACCAAUGUUGAUGAUCAGUGAAAAGUAUGCAACACUAGUUGAAGAGAGUCAA